AUGAGUAAAACAACUACUGCAAGUGAUACUAAAAGUCAUUCAAGUCCAGUUUAUCGAAUUCCACCUUAUCAUUAUAUUCAUGUAUUGGAUCAAAAUACAAAUGUUACACGACUUGAAAUUGGUCCCAAAACAUUCAUUAAACAAGAUAAUGAAACAGUUAUUCUUGGACCCGAAAAGAUGAUCACAGUACCACCACGUCAUUAUUGUGUUGUUGAAUCACCUGUAAUACGCAAUGAAGCUGGAGAAGUAGAAUUUGAUGAAAAUGGUCAAGCUAAACUUAUUCAUGCUGAUUUGGAUAUUCGUCUUGCACAACCUGAUCAAGCACCAUUUCCACUUUAUCCUGGUGAAGUUCUUCGUCAACCUGUUACUCCUUUAAAAGUUGUACCUGCUAAUUCAGCAUUACGGCUCAAAGCUGUACUUGAUUUUGAUGAUGAAACUGCUAAAGAACAACGUCGUGCUGGUGAUGAAUGGUUAUUUGAAGGUCCAGCUACUUAUAUUCCACGUAAAGAAGUUAGUGUUGAGGAACAAAUUCGUGCUACAGUUAUUGGUUCUAAUCAAGCCAUUCGACUUUGUGCAAAAAAAGAAAUUACUGAUCGUACUGGUCAACAUCGUGUCACUGGUGAAGAAUGGUUAGUUAAAAAAACCGGUGCUUAUUUACCUCUUGCAUAUGAAACAGUUGUUUCUGUUGAAAAUGCUCAUGUAUUAACCGAUAAAAAAGCUUUACAACUUCGUGCAUUAAAAACAUUUACUGAUGAUUUUGGUAAAGAACGUAUGAAUGGUGAAGAAUGGCUUAUAACUUAUCUUGAUACAGAAACACAUAUACUUAGUGUUUAUGAACAAUUAGUUGCUGUUGUUGAUGUAAUAACACUUAAUUCUCGUCAAUAUUGCGUUAUAAUUGAUCCAGUUGAAGAUGGAAAACAACAAUUAGGAAAAAAAAAACUUAUUCUUGGUGAAAAAUCAUUUUUUCUUCAACCUGGUGAAAAACUUGAAAAUGGUAUUCAAGAUGUUUUUAUAUUAGGCGCAGAUGAAGGUGUUAUACUUAAAUGUAUAGAAGCAUUUGAAGAUCAACAAGCUAAUGUAAAACGAAAUCCUGGUGAUCGAUGGAUGAUUCGCGGUCCAACUGAAUAUAUUCCUCCAACACAAGUUGAAGUUGUUACACGUCGAAAAGCACUUCCACUAGAUGAAAAUGAAGGUAUCUAUGUUCGUGAUAUAAAAACGGGUCGUGUACGGGCUGUUAUUGGUGAAACUUAUAUGUUAACACAAGACGAAGAACUUUGGCAAAAAGAAUUACCUAAACAAGUUGAAGAUUUAUUAACACGUGAUGCGUUAGUUGAUCGAAAUAUUCCAACACGUAAUAGAACAACUGAUAAAAAUCAAUCUCAACAAGAAACUACUACUAAUUCAAAAUCAAAUGCAGUUAAACGUGAUAAAUCUAAAUUAGUUACAUAUCGUGUUCCACACAAUGCAUGCGUACAAAUUUAUGAUUAUAAAGCUAAAAAAGCACGAAUUAUUUUUGGUCCUGAACUUGUUAUGCUUGGUCCAGAUGAACAAUUUACAUUACUUUCAUUAAGUGGUUCUGUACCAAAAAAACCUAAUCAAAUUCAAUCACUUUGUUUAUUAUUGGGACCCGAUUUUUUUACUGAUGUUAUUGUUAUUGAAACAGCUGAUCAUGCUCGUCUUUCUCUUCAACUUUCAUAUAAUUGGCAUUUUCAAAUUACUGACAUCAGUGAUGAAAAAGAAGCUGCAAAACUUUUUUCAGUACCAGAUUUUAUUGGUGAUGCAGCUAAAGCUAUUGCUUCUCGUAUACGUGGUGCUGUUGCUGGAACACAAUUUGAUGAUUUUCAUAAAAAUUCAGCUCAAAUCAUUCGUGCAGCUGUAUUUGGUCUUGAUGCUAAUCAACAAAUUCGACAACAUUUUAUUUUUCCACAAAAUAAUUUAGUUUUAACAUCAAUUGAUAUUCAAAGUGUUGAACCUGUUGAUCAACGUACACGGGAUGCACUUCAAAAAAGUGUUCAAUUAGCUAUUGAAAUUACAACAAAUUCACAAGAAGCAGCUGCUAAACAUGAAGCUUCACGUCGAGAACAAGAAGCUAAAGGUUUAUUAGAACGACAACGUAUUAGAGAUGAAGCUGAAGCUGAAGAUGUUCGAAAACAACUUCUUCAAUUACAAGCAUUAUCAGCUGCUGUUGAAUCAACUGGUCAAGCUAAAGCUGAAGCACAAAGUCGUGCUGAAUCACAUCGAAUUGAAGGUGAAGCAGCUGUUGAACAAGCUCGUCUUAGAGCAGAAGCUACACGUAUUGAAGCUGAAGCUGAAUUAUCACGUUUGAAAUUAGCACGUGAAGCUGAAAUAAAAUUUUUACGUGAACAAAAUGAAUUAGAAAUUAAUAAAAAAGCUGAAAUGUCAAAAAUUGAAACUGAGAAAUUUACAUUACAAGUUGAAGCGAUUGGAGCAUCAACCAUUCAAGCAAUUGCUACUUCUGGUCCAGAUACACAAGUUAAACUUUUACAAGCACUUGGUCUUCAAUCAAUGUUGGUUACUGAUGGAAAUACACCUAUUAAUCUAAUGGGUUUUGGACAAGGACUUUUAGGUGGUUUAACUGGAAAUACAAAUAAAAAAUCUAGAACAGCUACUAAUACUUCUAGUAAUUAUCAUAUUGAAGAGAAUGAUUAG